AUAAAUACAACAAUGCGUUUGUUCAUACCAAAUUCAACUCAAAACAAAUAUCAUAAUACAUCAACAACACUAACAAUGAACAACCAUGAAACUGUACUCUGUGAAGGAACUUUAGACAUGUUUGAUGCUCCAUCUUUUACUAGCAUCAAUAUUAGUAGUAAUUCUUCAUCUUCUCCGUCAUCUAAUUCUCCAUCACUUGUUUUUCAUCUUUCAACAUCAUCCGACUUUCAAACAUCUGAACAAACCAAACAAAGUUCAAGUGGAAAAAGAUCUAAAUCAAAGGCAAAGAAGAGGAAAGUUAUUUUGGAUGAGGAUGAUGAACGUGAUUAUGAGGAGUGUGAUUUUAUUUUGGAAAAGGGAGUUUAUUCAUAUGCACCAAAGUAUCAAUGUUGGACAGAUAUUUCAAGUGAGGUAAAACAGGUUUAUAGAGUGGUUUGGGAUAUGUUUGCCAAGUGUGCCCGUUCUAUCAUUAAUGAUCAUUUGGAAAUGAGAAACACUAGUAGAGUCCACCAUCUUACUCUUGGUUCAUGUCUACCAACAGUCUUUUACUUGAUAUUGAAGGAAACAAAUGGUGUAUUCAAUCAAUGGUUCCAAGUUGUUAAGAAGCAUGGUAUUAAAGUUAAGGAAGAAUGUAUCCAAUUUCGAUUCAAGAAUUGUCUUCCAUGUUUGGAUAAGUAUGAUGAUUGGGGCAACUUUCAGGUUAAGCUUAUCAACAACACGUGCAAAUUUGGCCAAAAAGUUUUGUUACAUAGGAUGAAAAUUAACUACAUCUCCCUUACCUGCAAUGUAAGAUCCAAUCAAGUCUACUCAUCAUUCAAAUUCGAGAAAGACAUGGAAAUUGUUGUUCAAUAAAUAUAGCCGUUUCAAUUU